AAACAUCGUGGAACACCGCCAGACUAACAUAACUCGGCCGCUCACUCGAUUCUCAAUAACUCGGUCCCUCGGGUAGCGAAUUCGGGACGAAUUCGCAAACCAGAUUCUCUAUUCUGCUGGUAGCGGGCGAGAGAGCAGGCGAGAGGUGUGGGAACAUGGGGUUCGCCGGUGGCCCGGCAACGCCAUGGGUCUUAGCGUUGUUGGUGAUCUUGCUGACGGUAUGCAUCCCAGCUGUGCGAUCGGAGGCUGCGAGUGGUGGAAAGGGACGAUCGCUGCUGGGAUUCCGAGAGACGCUCGGUAACGUCUCCUUCCAGUGCUCUCCCUCUGGUCCCUGCAUCCCGUGUGAAUACUCUGAAAAGAAUGAUGAGAAGUUUCGUUGUAGUGAGACUGGGUAUCGGUUGCCCUUAAAAUGUGUAGAAACUCGAGAUGUUUCUACAGAGGAAUCCAAAAGUAAGAACCAAAGGAAGCUCCUCUUUCAAUCAGGCAACAUGGCUGGUUCAGUUAUGCGAGAACAACUGGUUGCCUCUGUAAGGAAUUUAAAGUUUAGAAAGCUUAUGAAUGAUUCUUCUACAUCAGAAAGUGGGAAGCAGAGUUAUAUUACUUAUAGGAGUUGCAUACCAGUAGAUGGUGAAGAAAAUUUGUCUGUUCUUGGUUUUGAGCUCAUCAUGGUUUGUCUUUUACUUAUAAGUGGCCCAGUUGUUUACUUGAGGCAAAAGCGUCCAGUCCUGAUGCCUGGUGCUGGAGCCACGAGAAUUCCAACAAACUCUCCCAGAUUUUAAAGCUCAAAUUUGAAGUGUGUUCUGCUGUCUUGAUGGGGGCGAAUUAUUAUGUCCGAUUAACAGACAUACGGACAUCCAAUUCAUAUGUGCCACGUUACGUAAAUACACUGGGACCCGGUAUAUUUUGGUGAUGUGGCGCAUCUGGAUUGGUGUCCGGACGAAUCCGGACACCGGACGGAAUAAUUUGACCUGGCUGGGGGUACUUAUUCACUAUAAUGUAAUUUUCUUUUCCUUUUUCCUUAUUUCAAGCUAUUUGUGGAUUAGUAAAAAGUGCCUAUUUUUCUUAUUAGAAAUGUUCAUAGCCUUUAAUCUGCUUA